GGGUGCAGAUGGCGGACGCCGAGGCUGACGCGGCCCUGCCGCAGGAGAUGCAGUGCCCGGCCGCCGGCCUCCGCGCCCGCCUCUGGCAGCUGCAGGCCGAGCUGAGCGAGCAGGGCCCCUCGGAGGCCGCCUCGGGCGCCUACUGCCGGGGCUUCUGCCAGACAUUGCUACAGUAUGCUGGCAAUCGGGGCACUUCGGAGCAUGCCUUGCCUCUCUUGGAAGUGUAUUGCGUCGCCAUUCAGAGUUUUGCCAGUGCCCGACCUUUCUUGACGACGGAUUGUGAAGAAGUUCUUCUGGUCCUUGGCAGGCUUGUGCUGAGCUGUUUUGAACUACUGCUUUCUGUGCCUGAAAGUGAAGAGCCGUGCGAACCACUGUCAAGAUUGUUUCAGUCUAUACAGGAUUCCCAUAAUGCUUUACUUCAGUGUGAAGACAACAGCCUCGAAAUACUGGCUGACAUCGCCAAGGAAGGUGUGUGGAAAAACCCAGUUCUAUUUAAGAUUAUAUCCCAGGAGCCAGUUGAAGUAGAAGAAGCGAAUAAAUUAAUUAAGCGAGAAGGACAAGCCUUCAUGCAGAUGCGGAUAAAACACCUGAUGAAGACAAACUGCAUUCCUGAGGCUGCUUCCUUGUCCAAGCUGUGUAAAGAGUCUCCUGAUAUUUCAAACAUUUCACCUUUUCUCCAGGCCUACAUCACAUGCUUGUGCUCUAUGCUUCCAAACGAAGAGUCUAUCAAGGAGAUUGCAAAGGUAGACUGCAAAGAGGUUCUGGAUAUGAUAUGCAACCUGGAGGCAGAAGGGCAGGAGAGGACGGCUUUCAUUCUUUGUACAACAUAUCUUACUCAGCAGCUGCAGACUGCAAAUGUGUACUGUUCUUGGGAGCUGACGUUAUUUUGGAGCAAAUUGCAAAGGAGAAUCGACCCAUCUUUAGACUCCUUUCUGGAGCGCUGUCGACAAUUUGGCAUCAUUGCUAGAACGCUGCAGCAUUUGUUCUUCCUAAUAAGAGUCAUACAAGCCGAAGCAGAAGAAUCAGGCCUUGCUGUGUCUAUCUUGUUAUGCGUGAGAGCCCUUCAACUCCGGCAAAAUGAAAAUGAUGAUAUGAAGACUUCUGUGUGUAAAACAAUCUCUUGCCUUUUGCCAGAAGACCUUGAAGUCAGAAGAGCAUGCCAGCUCACCGAAUUCUUACUUGAGCCAAGCGAAGAUAGAUAUAAUCUUCUGGAAGAGCUCCACCUGCAGCCAGAUCAAAAAUUUGACGAAGAGAACGCUCCCGUUCCAAACUCACUCCGCUGCGAGCUCCUGUUGGCUUUAAAAGCUUAUUGGCCAUUUGACCCAGAAUUCUGGGACUGGAAGACUUUGAAGAGGCAUUGUCUGAAAUUGUUAGGAAAAGAAGUUUCUGACUCCGAGGAGGAUAUCAGUGGCAACGAAAUAGGGUUCUACAAUGAAAAUGAAUUGCUGGACAGUCUCCUAAGUGACUGUGAAGAGGCCAGGGAAGAUAAUCCCUUUGAAGGACACGAUUUAACGAAUAGGCCUAAAGAGAGAAUAAGAGUAAAAAAACCUAUUGGCUCUUCGGAAAGGUACCAGAGAUGGCUUCAGUACAAAUUCUUCUGUGUCAUUUGCAAAAGGGAGUGUAUAGAGGCGAGAAUUCUGCACCAUUCAAAGAUGCACAUGGAAGAUGGUGUCUACACAUGCCCGGUGUGUUUAAAGAAGUUCAGGAGAAAGGACAUUUUUGUAAAGCAUGUUGGGGAGCAUGUGAAAAUGCCUCCGAGUAGAAAGUACCGCGCUAAAAAGAAGAUACUGUUGAAGAAAGAGCGGCUGACUAAGAGCAGCCUGACUAGGAUGGCUUCUGCUGCCCUGAGCACAAACCGGACGAUGAAGAUCAAACCGUGCGAAAAACCCCGAAGUGAUGUGCAUGAUUACAUCACGUUUAGCAAGUUAGAAAGUUGCCACCUGCAAGACAGAGACCUGUACCCUUGCCCGGGCACGGACUGCACCAGAGUAUUUAAGCAGUUCAAGUACUUAAGUGUUCACUUGAAAGCCGAGCACCAGAACAACGACGAGAAUGCGAUGCAUUACUUGGAUAUGAAAAACAAGAGAGAGAAGUGUUCGUUCUGCAGGCGGCAUUUCAUGUCGGCAUUCCACCUGCAGGAGCAUGAGCAGGUGCACACCGGCCCCGAGCCAUUCAUGUGCGUGUCGGUGGGCUGCUACGCCAGGUUCAGCUCCGUCAAUGAACUGCUGCACCACAAACAGCAGCACGAUGACCUGCGCUACAAAUGUGAGCUGAAUGGCUGCAACAUCGUGUUCAGCGACUUGGGGCAGCUUUACCAUCACGAGGCCCAGCAUUUUCGGGACGCAUCGUACACAUGCAAUUUCCACGGCUGUAAAAAGUUCUAUUACUCAAAAACUGAGUUUACAAAUCACCUUUCCAUGCAUAUUUCAAAUGGUGAAAUGAAGGAGGUGCCGGUUAAGCGCGAGGAGCAUGUUUCAGGCAACCGUCUCGCCUGUCUUUCGAACUCGGUGGGGCUUGAGCAAGCAAAUCAUUCCUGCGUACCUGAGAAUAUCAGUUUGCCAUCGGUGUCUACAAAUUCGGAUGGAGUUUUACAAGUCAAACAAGAACCCCUCACUGAUGAAGAGGUAGAUGGGAAAAGCAACGGCAGCUUUGGCAGCAAUGUGGCAUCUCGUGCCAAAGAGAAGGCCUUGUCUUUAUUGACUGAAACAGCGGAUCCAGGCCAGACUGUUCCUGGCAUUCUGUUACCCCAUGAGAAAGUCUUCCUUCCACCAAACUUAAAAGAGCGUUAUUCAAAUGUGGCAGUUUACUUUGAUGGGAAAAGGUUUACCUGUGGUUUUGAAGGCUGUGAUUCAACAUACAAAAAUUCCAGGGGUAUGCAGAAGCAUCUUCGAAGGGCUCAUCCAUACCAUUUCAAACCCAGAAGGAAGCUGGGCCUGAAAGCUAAAGAUCUUGGCCAGCUCGAUGAAAGUCAACACAACAGCACUGCCGGGGAGCUGAGUUCAGAGCUCAGGCAUCUUUUGGACACCCAAGCAGACUCUCCCGGCAGUAUAAAUGGCAAUACAAGUUCUAAAAUCAAAAGCUGUUUCAAGCAAGAACUGUGUCCCUCUUCCCCUGAAAUUUCCCUAUGUGAACAUUCUAAAGUGUCUAAUGCAGAAGACUCGAUGUUGGAGCUCCUCCUGGGCUUGAAACAUUUAAGUUUAAAAAAUUCUAGCAGUCGCAUUGGGAACUCUUCCAGGUUGUUACAGUCCUAUUCCUCCAAGUGCCCCAACUCUGAAGACGAUUCUACCUCAGACCAUUUUCCCGAAGAACACCAAGGCAACUUACCAAACCAAUACCUUACUCAGUUGGCAGCAAAGCCAUUUUUCUGCGAACGCCAAGGUUGCUCAUGUGAGUUUGUGACCCGGGAAGCUCUCUUAACACACUAUGUUAGAAAGCACAAUUAUUCCAAGGAGAUGGUGCUUAAGUUGAACAUGUUCCGAUACCGGUAUUCACCCUUCAAGUGUCAUAUUUGCCAAAGAUCGUUCACGAGAAAAACUCACCUUAGAGUCCAUUAUAGAAACCAACACAAACUUGGCAAGAUGAGAGCAAAGAAAUUGUUUAAUGAAAGUUUUGAGGACUUAGAGGGGUGCACUGAGGAUAUACUGAACAGCACAGCAGGUUCCAUGUCGUCCUUUUAUACCAACACAGAGGAAGAAUUGGAUGACCAAGCUAAGCUCACGGGUGAACAGCAGUGUCGUCCAAAAAAGGAAGAGCUUAGUUCUGAAACGGAUUUGGAGUCAAGUGAAGAAACGGAAGGCUGCAUGCCUGGGAAGCCGACAAAACUGUCUGUGCUCGAAAGCCACAGGAAAGGGCUAGAAACGAAAGAAGGGAGGGGAAGCAAAAGAACAGUUGCCAAAGGAAACCUGUGUUACAUUUUGCAUAAAUACCAUAAGCCGUUCCAUUGUAUUCAUAAAAAUUGCAAUUCUGCAUUUACUAACCAGAAGGGCUUGAUUCGUCAUUAUAGAACUGUACAUCAGUACAACAAAGAGCAGCUCUGCCUAGAAAAGGACAAAGCACGAACAAAGCGAGAGCUUGCCAAAUGUAAAAAAAUAUUUGUUUGCAAAUACAAGGAUUGUAACAAACGCUUUCUAUGCUCUAAAUCACUCGCUAAGCAUGCCAGUGACUUUCACAGCCUCGAGUCUGGGGAGGAUUCCAAAAUGCUUUCUGAGUCUGAGUCUGUGAGAUUUCCUUGUCACCAUCCACGAUGCCCUGCUGCGUUUUAUUCCUUCCACAAAUUAAAGCGUCACCUGAUGCAAGAGCAUGCCCAGGAAGAAGAGCUUAACAAAGACAUCGAAAUCCAUUGUGAUCUCAAUGGCUGCAACAGAGUUUUCACGACAUACAGCCGAUACUCGCAACAUGUGUAUUUUCGGCACGGCAACUAUGAAGGGGUCUCCAGCAACGCCAAAGAGAGAAGGAACCACCUUAAAGAUGAAGAGGAGCAAAGCUACUUGAGUGACCAGUGCUUCAAGCACAAACGAAAGAGACAGACCAAUGACAGCAUGGAAAAAAAUAAAAAUAAAGGAAAGCAAUUAUAUAAUUUUAGAACCAGAGCAGAAGCCCUACGGAUGUGCAGAGACAAUUGCAAUCAAACCCAGUAUCCUUGCAUGUUUCAGGGGUGUCCCUCGGUGGUAAAACUGGAAAGCAGUAUUGUGAGACACUAUAAGCGUACCCACCAGGUGACUAGUGUUUAUAUAGAACAGCAGUAUGAGAAACUUGUGUUUUGUGUUGAAUGUGGUACUGUGAUCGAUGAUGCCUGUUUGGAAGAAAGUGAAGAUUCGGAUAAUGAAACCAACGGAGACUUUCAGGAGGAGCCUGCAGCGCACACUGCGUGUCAGCAUGACCCUGAAGUGUGCCUUGUUCCAAAUGCGGAUUAUGAUCAAGACAGAAAAGGUAGUAAAAAUGGCAUAUGCUCUGAGGACAACAAGGCCUGUGAGUCGGGUGUCUUGUCAUACACAGGCACUUUAAAACAUAUCCCCAAUUCAAAAGCUAGGUGUGCGGAAGAGUGUAGUAGUAGAACAGCGUCACCAUCCCAUCAGCCAGAAGAUUUGCCUGAAAGUGACAAGCAGGGAAAUGGCUCUUGCUGUGCUAGUUCAGGCAUAUCGCUGCCAAGGGAGAAGGAUGCCAGAGACUGGCCGCACGUGUCAUCACGACAGGGCAUUAAGAGGCCUCUCCUCCCCGCUGCGAAAGACAAGAGACAAAAGCAGUCUGCGCCCAAGCCCUUCGAUAUCAAGUCCUUCAAACCAAUGGGAUUUGAGUCAUCGUUUCUGAAAUUCAUUCAGGAGAGUGUGGACCGGAAAGAUGACGAUGACGAGGAGGAGGAGGAGGAAGAAGAUCUUGAGGAAGAAUGGGAGCCUGCUGAACAAUACGAACUAGAUCGUGUGCUAGGAAAAGAUAAAGACUCCAAAAGGGCCACAGCACACGAACGGGUCGCCUGUGAAAACAUCCCACCGGCAACCAUGUCAAAGAGGAAUGGUGGUUCCAAAGCUCCCGGGCAGCUGAGGGAAAUACAGCCUCUGUUAUCGUCCCACUCUCCCACUCUCCCCUCUCUGGAAAACUUGAGGGCCAUAUUGGACAAGGCACUAACAGACUGCGGGGACCUGGCCUUAAAACAACUUCAUUAUUUACGACCAGUAGUUGUCCUCGAAAGAUCUAAAUUUUCCACGCCCCUCAUAGACUUUUUUCCAACAAAAAAAACAGACCAACUUUGUGUGGGAAGUUCAUGAAUUGUUGUGUUCUAUUGAAAGGGGGGAGAAGGUCUUGCCUCCACUACUGUUAAACAGGAGGGAAUAUCAUUAACCGGUUCAGUGCACAUGUUGUCGAGGUUAGAUUAGGCUGUUCAGUUCCACGAAUGUAUGACAUCUGGCUGCAGUAUUGGCUGAGUUAAUAUAGUUCCCCUGUUUUGAAAUAAGAAGAAAAAACCCUGAUAUUUUGGUGCUAAUUAACAGAAUAUUGAGGGGGGCCUUCCUCUUGCAAAGUAAAUGUGCAUGAUUGUAUAUGGAACAAGUACUUAGGGUACCAGGGUUGAUUGGGAGGGGGGGUGGGAGAUGGAGCUCUUACUUGACUUGAAUGUGCACCUCGGGGUGCUCCGUGUAACAUAUUGUACACUACAGCAUCGUCUAUUUUUUGAGUUCUGAGUUUCAAUAAAAGGAAUUUUUUCACCCUUUUUUUUUGGUUGACUGUACAGCCAUAGGUCAUGACAUAUUUGGGUUGAGUUUGGGGUUUGUUUGGGUUUUUUUGUGUGUGUAGUGAAUCCAGUACCUUUACAUGAAUGUGAACAGUAUGUUUUAUGUCUAAGGCUGGCUGGGAAAGCAGUAGGUAGCCUGUCGAUAAGAAAUGGGUGGGUGGGUGGGGACGUUAGUGAGCU